ACAAGGAAAAAAGAAGCGGCUGGACUUCAGUAAGAUGAGGUGGAGUUCUGCCGGCUUCUUCUUUAUUGAUAUUUUAUGGUGUUUUCUGGCGUGCUCCUUUUUUAUAGCAUUAUGUGUGCACAAUAUUUGGAGAAAACACAAAUCAUGCCGUGUUUAUAUGUUAUUUCAGGAUCUUAUUCGAUACGGAAAAACAAAACAAAACGGCAAACGAGAUGAAUGGCUGCGUGUGUUGGAUGUCCCUAAAAGGUGGUUUUGGCACUUUUAUCUGGUGUCUGUGUGUUGGAAUGGUUUCCUGUUGGUGUCGUAUCUUAAGGUCAUACUCCAGCAUCGGUCACAUCCAUCAUGGUUACUUUGGACAGUAAACAUUUUGACUGGUCCGUUAGGCCGUGCUGAUCAUGUUCCACAGCUGUCUACUGUCCUACUGUACCUGCUGCUGUGGAUCCACUCUCUCAGGAGGCUGCUGGAGUGUCUGUGUGUCAGUGUUUUCUCUGAUGGCUACAUGAAUUUGGUGCAAUACCUCUUUGGCCUGGGUUAUUACAUCGUCCUGGGACUGACGGUGCUUUGUUCAGAUCAUGUAGGAAAAGAGACUGGCAGCCUCCACUCUCAGGUGACGUGGUUCCAUGUGGUUGGGGUUGGACUAUUUGUUGCAGCCUCAGUGCUACAACAUCGGUCCAUGGUCCUAUUGGCCGGACUCCGCAUCGGGAAGUCAGGAGCAGUUGAGACACUAGCUCACAGAAUACCAACGGGAGGCUGGUUUGAGUGGGUCUCAUGUCCACAUUACUUUGCUGAACUUCUCAUCUACAUCUCAUUAGCUUUCAUGUCUGAAUCCCUGUCAAUAACAUGGUGGCUUGUUGUCCUGUAUGUGUUGUUUAACCAAGCACUGGCAGCUCAGCUUUGUCAUGAACUCUAUAUUAGCAAAUAUGAUUCAUACCCAACGAACAGGAAAGCAUUCAUACCUUUUGUUUUUUGAAUAAAUGCAUUUGUUUAAGAGUGAAA